AUGGCUAUGAUACGAGUUCUGACGGAGGAGGGCGCCGACCAGAUCUUCCACCACCAGUACAAGCCGGGCGAAUAUACAUACUGGGACAAAGUCAUGAACCCGAUCUGGAACCGGAUCGCGGAGGCUCUGCCCAUGUGGUUGGCUCCGAAUUUGGUCACCGUUAUCGGCUUCGUCCCUUUGUGCGCCGUUUUCGCGGCCUCGUGGUACAGCGAUCCCUUUUUUGGCCAAGCACCGCCUCGAUGGCUUUCCUUCAGCUGGUGCAGCACAAUGCUGUUCUACCAGGCGAUGGAUGCUGUUGAUGGCAAGCAAGCUCGCCGCACGGGCUCCUCUUCGCCUCUGGGCCAGCUUUUCGACCAUGGCCUUGACAGUGUGGCGAACUUGCUGCAGCACGCGGCGCUGGCGUCGAUCGCAUGCAGCAGCAGCAUGCCCUGGAUAAUGUUCUCGAUGGAAUCUAUGAUGAUCGGCUUUCUGCUGGCCGCGUGGCAGGAGUACCACACUGGUGUGUUCCCCACUGCGGCUGGUGAGAUGGGCGUCACUGAAGGUCAGUUCACUGUGAUGUCGGCGAUGCUGCUGGCAGGUGUUGUUGGUCCAGAGGUAUGGAAGGGCUUCUUGCGUGCAGCUCCUGACUGCAUUCUCCUCAAGGUGAUUGCUGCCGUCGUGUGCACCAUGUGGCUGGCGCCAUUGGUUACCACCCUUAAAGCUGCUGGACCCAUCGCGCUCAAGGAGCUGCUGCCUAUAGCCGUGACUUUCUUCGCUGCUCAAUUCUGGCAGCAUGAGUUGGUGGCCUCUUCGCCGCGGCUGGUGCUGCUACUCACGGGCUUGAACUUCUUCUGGAUGAACCUACAGCUCAUCGUGUUUACCAUGGCCCGGAUGCCUUUCUCGCCGGCUCAAUGGUGUGUGCUGCCUUUCGUGGCUUCAGUGGCGGCAUCUUGGGCACUACCUGUUUCGGCUGCUAGAAUCGUCCUCAUCUCCCACAUCUUCGUUUUCGGGAGCUGGCUGCUGGUGUGGAUUGUGUCGGCGGUGCAGCAGCUGAAGCUAAGACUAGGGGUGUCCAUGUUUUCCAUCAAGAAGCUCUGGCGCGUCUUCCAGGACCUCGAUGAGGCAAAGAAGGGCAAGCUGACGAGUGAGCAGAUGGAUUUCUUCUUUACUGCCAUGCGAAUGGAGUUUCCAGAGCGGAGAGUAUUGCCGACUAAGUCUCGGUGCUUUGGCGGUCAGCCGAAGACUCCAGCGAUGGCUUUCGCGGCCAGGCAGUACGGGACCAUGGCCAGCUUAAAGCCCGGUGCUGGUACCUUUACGCGGCUGACGCACUUGGCCUCUUCCGCUGCCCUCUGGGACUUCGAUCGGAAGACGGACUGCGAUGGUACAUUCGCGGGUAUCAUUGGCGAGUUCCGGGUAAGGCCAGAAGGCAAGCGUGCCCUCCAGAAGUGCACCGAGGACGUGCAGCGGGUUAAGGCUUCUUUCUCGCUGGUGCAGAAGGUGAGUGGUCCCGUCGUGGUCAAGGUCUGCCUCAUCGUCCUGGGAGUCAUGGGCAUCGUUGCCCUUCUCGAUGACUCUAUUCAGGAUCAUGGGGACUACCAGCACCUGGCUCACCUGGAUCGACUGGUGGCCUCCCUGUCGGGCCGAGGGCGCUCCGACGACCUUUGCGCUGCCGCCACCGGCUUUGCAGAGGCCUCGCCUCAUCACCUGCUGAUGGCCGGGAUCGGCCCGCUGCUUUGGACGCAGGAUUCCUGCGAAUGCUGUGCAGCCAAUACCACAGCAGAAUUCGACGGGACCUGGCUGCAAGCAGCACGUCGGGCCAUGCGGAAGGCACCUUUUCAGGCUCAUGAGCUUCGAAUGGUUUGCUAUCCGAACGAAGAUUGCUCAGGUUCGCCUUCCAGUGUGGCGGUCCUCGACACGCACGAGUCAGUGCGAGGGGAGGCUGAGGCUGACAUUGUCUACACUUUCAUCGUGGUUGUCUUGAUGGUUGUUUUCGCCCUGGCAUUCAUGCACGCGCUCAACAAGGUGAACACUCGCAUGCUGCAUCCGCUCUGGAGCAUUCUGGACGAUAUGGCGUCACUUCGGUCCUUGGAGGCAGUCCGGAUGACGAACUUCCAGCCUGCCACCAACAUGCUCAAGGAUCUGCAGAGGGAUGGCAAGAGGCAAGGCUGGAUGAGAAGGCUCAUCCGCUACACCAUGCGCCUUCCCUUCUGCAAGGAGAAGUCUGAGAGCAAUGAUGAUGUCAAGGAGCUCGCAGAUCUGCGCUGUUCUCUUACGACCAUGCGUGCUGCACUGCGCUCCUGGGCCAAGUACGUGCCACCGUAUCUGCUCAAAUCGUUGUACAGAUCUGGAGUGGAGGCAACGGUGGGCUUCCACGAGAAUGAGGUCAGCAUAUUCUUCUGUGACAUUGAUGGCUUCCGGGACAUGUGCCGUGGCCUCCACCCGAAGGCCGUGCUGGACCUCCUGAGCUCCGUCCAUGGGGAGGUUUCCAGUGCGAUUGAGGGCCUUGGCGGGACGUUGCUCGAAUUCAUCGCGGACGAGGUCCUCGCCGUCUUCAAUGCCCCGAAUGAGGUGGUGGACCACGAGGAGCAUGCCACCGAAGCUGCGACAGAUGUCCUUGAGCGCGUGGAGCGCCUUGGGGUCCGCAUGCGCUGCGGCGUUCACUCGGGGAAGGUCCUGGUUGGCAACAUCGGGUCGAAGACGCGCAUCAAGUAUGGCGUGUUGGGCGACAGCGUGAAUGUGGCUGCACGGUUGAAGAGCAUCAACUCCCACUUUGGCACAUCCUGUCUGGUUUCCAACGAGUGCUUGGAGGAGGCAGACGACUUGCACAAGACCUUCGUGGCCCGGCCCGUGGGGAACCUCAUCCUCAAGGGCCGGAAGUCUGCGACCAAGGUUUGGGAGGUCCGCGCGCGUCGUACUGCGGAGAAAUCUGCUCUGGCCAAGACCUACGACAUACACAGGAAAGCUUUCGAUCUCUUCGUGAAUCGGCACUUCGGUGAAGCGCGUCCGCUGCUGUCUGAGGUGUGCCGCAGCCUCCGUGGCCGGCAAGGCAGCGUGGACGUUCCGUCCCAGCAUCUGCUGCACCUUUGCGACAAAUUUCUGCGUGAGCCGCCUCCUCCCGAUUGGGAUGCCUCAGAAUCGAUGUCCAAGAAGUAG